AUGGCGUUCGAAUUUGAAGGUGAAGGUAUCGCAGCAUCUAUUUUCCUGGCACUGUAUGUCAUUUAUACGCUGUUCACAAUCGGAAUCAUAUGGCAUAAAGGGACACUCAGAACCAUUUACUCUGGAUUAUUGUUUUUCGGUUUGAUUCGAAUGGGAGCACAGUUAUGUGGAAUAGCUUUUGCUUCAUUGGGAUAUGAACAUUGGCAAUGGCUAGUUGCAUAUCUGGUUUUAGGAGCUGAAGGGUACUUUGUUCUGAUUCUCACCAGCUUCUACAUGGUGUCUCAUGCACAUAUAGCUGCCAGAAAGGAAUCAUGGCUGAAAAGUAGACUAGUUGACACUUCAAAUUGGGGGUUUCUCAAAAAACUCAAUAUUAACGGGAUGAGGAUCUUCUAUUAUUUGGCGAUUGUUGCCAAUGUUCUAGUCAUCGUUGGAGGCACUAUGUUGACCGGUCUGGAUGCUGACGAGUAUGACGAUAAUGUAUCAAGAAUUAAUACGAGCAAAGGCCUCCGAGGCACGGGACAAGCAUUGUUCUUGAUAUUCACACUAGUUGUUGCGGGUCUGGCUGCUUACACCGUAAUUCAUGACAAUAUCCGGUCGUAUUUGUUGACUUCUGUUUUCAUGGCUACCCCAUUUUUGUUUGUGAGAGGUAUUUAUGGGUUGUUAUCCUGUUUCAUCCAACAGAUGAACUAUUUUUCCAUGGCAAAUUAUACCGCAACAGGUAUGUCGGUUCACUUUGUGGCCACUGAAUACGUACUGGCCACCACAAUGGAGUUCAUUGCUGCAUGUAUUUUCAUGUCCACGUACUACGUGGUGUAUAUACCAAAGAAAGCUUUAAAUGAGGAUGAAACCAGUUUGAUAGAAGUUGGUGGAAAGCAUGAAGACAAACCUAAUGAAUAG